GAAUUCCAUUUUGACCUUCUGCCGUCAAACGAGAGAUACUGUCGUAACUGUCUUCCCAUCUAAUCGAAGCGGGUUGCGAGCCGCGCUUGGUUUCGGUGUCGUAAAGAGGCGUCGCGAACGGGCCGCCCCUGCGAAGAUGGCGGAGCUGCAUCCGCGCAGCGGAAAGCUGAUCGGCCUGUCGAACUCGAACCGAACCGCCCAGCGUAAUCAGCCGGUACAGGAAUUUAACCACGGUCUUGUACUGAGCCGUGAGCCGCUGCGAGACCGGGAUGUCUUCACUGUCCGCAUCGAUAAAAAGGUGAACUCGUGGAGCGGCUCGAUCGAGAUCGGCGUGACGGCCCUGGACCCGGCGGCUCUGGACUUCCCCAGCAGCGCCACGGGCCUGAAGGGCGGCUCCUGGAUCGUGUCGGGCUGCUCGGUGCUGCGGGACGGGCGCUCCAUCCUGGAGGAGUACGGCCGCGACCUGGACCAGCUGGGCGAGGGCGACCGUGUGGGCAUCCAGCGCAGCGCCCAGGGGGACCUGCACCUCUGGGUGAACGGGCAGGACUGCGGCGUGGCCGCCUCCGGCUUGCCCCCCCGCCUCUGGGCGGUGGUGGACCUGUACGGCAAGUGCACCCAGGUCACGGUGGUCAGCUGCGAGCCGCCCCCCGAGCGCCCCGAGCAGGAGGGGGGCACGGUGGAGGAGGAGCCGAGAGACAAUGAGAGGGAGAGGGACCGAGACAGCGAGGGUCCCGAGGGGGGCGGGGGGGGCUCCACCACGCCCCGGGGGGACAGCGGCGGGGCUGGCGAUGGGGGCGGCGGCGGCGGCGGGAGUUCAAGCGCCAACAGCCCCCUCGGCGGAGGCGUGUCUGCGACGCUGGGGGCGGGGACCCCCGGGAUGACCACCAACGACGCGCUGCUUUUCCACGAGAAGUGCGGCACGCUCAUCAAGCUGAGCAACAACAACAAGACGGCCGAGCGGCGCCGCCCCCUGGACGAGUUCAACAACGGCGUGGUGAUGACCAACCGGCCCCUGCGGCACAACGAGAUGUUUGAGAUUCGGAUCGACAAGCUAGUGGACAAGUGGUCCGGGUCGAUUGAGAUCGGGGUGACAACCCACAACCCAAACAACCUGGACUAUCCGGCCACCAUGACCAAUCUACGCUCAGGCACCAUCAUGAUGAGCGGCUGUGGAAUCCUCACUAAUGGAAAAGGGACCCGCAGGGAGUACUGCGAGUUCAGCCUGGAUGAGCUCCAGGAGGGAGAUCACAUUGGCCUGAUGAGGAAAACCAGUGGUGCCCUUCACUUCUACAUCAAUGGCAUUGAUCAAGGCGUGGCAGCCACACAGACCCCGGGUACGGUGUACGGUGUGGUGGACCUCUACGGCAUGGCAGUGAAAGUCACCAUCGUCCACAACCACAACCACAGCGACCGGCUGCGGCGCAACAACGCCAUCAUGAGGGCGCUGUCCCCAGAUGUGGGGCGCCCUCGGCCCCCGAUGCAUCUGGGGUCCGACCCUGAGGCCCUAGACCGUCUCCUCUUCCACCCCAACUGUGGACAGAAGGCCGCCAUCAUCAAUGAUGGCCGCACGGCGCUUCGCCCUCAUGCGACAGACGACUUCAACCAUGGUGUGGUCCUGAGCAGCCGGCCCUUGCGCUCCAAUGAGGUCUUCCAGGUGCGCAUCGACAAGAUGGUGGACAAGUGGGCAGGCUCCAUCGAGAUCGGUGUCACCACCCACAACCCUGCCUACCUGCAGCUCCCGUCCACCAUGACCAACCUGCGCUCAGGUACGUGGAUGAUGACUGGGAAUGGGGUGAUGCACAACGGCACCACGAUCCUGGAUGAGUAUGGACACAACCUGGACAGGCUGAAGGCGGGAGACACUGUAGGGGUGGUACGGAAGGAUGACGGCAGUCUGCACUUCUUUGUGAACGGGGUGGCACAGGGCCCUGCUGCCUGGAAUGUGCCGGCCAGCGUGUAUGCUGUGGUGGAUCUUUACGGUCAGGCGGCUCAAGCUACAAUCAUGGACGAUAUGGCCGACCUCCCGCCCCUGCCGGAUGACUCCUCGGAGGGCAACAACCAGCUGUCUCCCAGCAGCCCCUGCUCUGUGGUGUCGGCCAAUGACCUGCGCUUCCACCACCUGCACGGCAGCAACGCUGUCAUCACCAAUGGGGGGCGUACUGCGCUGCGCCAGAACUGCCGCAGCGAAUUCAACGAUGCCAUCGUCAUCUCCAAUAGGUGUUUGCGAGCUGGAGAGCUGUUCGAAAUCGUCAUUCAGAAGAUGGUAGACCGCUGGUCUGGAUCGAUAGAGGCCGGGGUGACCGCAAUCCGGCCCGAGGAUUUGGAGUUUCCCAACACAAUGACUGACAUUGACUAUGACACUUGGAUGCUGAGUGGUACAGCCAUCAUGCAGGACGGCAACACCAUGCGCAACAACUACGGCUGUGACCUGGACUCGCUGACCACGGGCUCUCGGAUCGGCAUGAUGCGCUCGGCCAGCGGCGACUUGCACUACUAUAUCAACGGCGUGGACCAGGGUGUGGCCUGCACGGGGCUGCCACCAGACGUGUACGCGGUGAUUGACCUCUACGGCCAGUGUGUCCAGGUGUCCAUCACCAGCUCCUCGGGGCCCCUGGAUAACAGCAUGUCCACCAGCAACAUCACCGAGAAGAGCUUUCUCAUCUACUCGCCAGUGGUGCCCGGCGUUGCCCACCGCCUCCACAGUAAACACGGGAAGAACGUGGUGCUGCAGAACGAGGGCUGCCAGGCGGUGCGUGUGGGCGGGUACUCCCAUGGCAUCGUCUUCAGUGCCAAGGAGCUCAAGACCGACGAGCUGUUUGAGGUGAAGAUCGAUGAGGUGGACCCGCAGUGGUCCGGCUCUCUGCACAUCGGGCUGACCACGCUGCAGCCGGCGGACCUGCCCUGCCCCUUCACCGGCCUGUCGCCUUCCCUGCUGGAGCUGCGGUCCAAGGUCACCUGGCUGGUCACGGGGUCGGAGGUCAGGCGCAACGGCAUCCUGCAGAAGCAGAACUAUGGCUGCUCUCUGGAUCGGCUGGCGGUGGGAAAUCGCGUGGGGGUGAAACGCUGCAGCGACGACACCAUGCACAUCCUGAUCGACGGCGAGGACAUGGGCCCUGCCGCCACGGCCGUGGCCAAGAAUGUGUAUGCCGUGCUGGACCUGUACGGCCGGGUGACGGCCGUGUCCAUCGUCAGCUCCACCGUGCUGGAGGAGACGGAGAGCACCAAGGCCCCUUCGCUGUCCUCGGACAGCGGCAGCGAGGGAGAGGAGGACCCCGCGCCGUGUGAGAACGAAGCCUCACUGGUGCCCACGCCCAUGGAGUUCCUAGAGAACCAUGGGAAGAACAUCCAGUUGUCCAAUCAGAACCUGACAGCUGCCCGUGUGUCCAGCUAUAACCAGGGCCUGCUGGUCACUGCCCAGCCCCUGCCCCGACAGCAGCUCUUCCAGUUCCAGAUUGACCGCCUGAAUCCCAUGUGGACCUCCUCGUUGUCCCUGGGGGUGAUCGGACACUGUCCCGACAGGCUCAACUUCCCCGCCACCGCCUGCUGCCUCAAGCGCUCCUCCUGGCUCCUACAGCGGGACUCUGUCUUCCACAACUCCCUCAAGAUCUGUGAGAACUACGGCCCUAACCUGGACACCUGUCCCGAAGGAACUGCGCUGGGCCUGCUGGUGGACGCCAGCAACUGCCUGCACCUGUACGUCAACGGGAUGGACCAGGGAGCGGCCGCGCAGGACAUCCCGAACCCCUGCUUCCCCAUCAUCGACCUGUACGGCCAGUGCGAGCAGGUUACCAUAGUGACGAACGACGUGCCGGCUGUGGGCGGUGAGGGCAGUGACACCCGUUGCCAGGCCGACAUGGAGAAGGCAGAUAUGGUUGAUGGCAUCAAGGAGAACGUGUGCUGGACGCCCCCGCCAGAGGUGAACCCCAUGAAGACGUGCGAGUACCAGGCGCUGUGCUCGCGCUUCAAGGACCUGCUGACCCUGCCAGAUGGGUAUUUCAACGAGGACGCCAAGGUCAACCUCUGCUACUGCGAGUCCUGCCACAAGCUGCGGGGUGACGAGGCGUACUACAAGCGUGGGGAGCCCCCCAAGGACUACGCCCUGCCUUUCGGCUGGUGUCGCUUCGCCCUGAGGAUCAACCCUCGCUGUGAGGUGGCCAACGUCUUUAAGAAGUGGCACAUCGCCUACCAUGGCACUACAGUGGGGUCUCUCCGGCGGACCCUUGACCACAGCCAGCUCGUCUCAGGCUCCGCGUCCAUCUUCUCCGUGACGCAGACAAAGACGGAAGCACAGAAUGGAUACAGUGACCCUGAGAACAGUGCUCCUGAGAGGGAGGCCCCCAGAGUGCAGCUGUCUCCCACAAUGCGCUACUCUGGCCUGGAAACGUUUGCCCCUAAAGUGCAAUUCCGAGAUCCACGCUCCCAUCGCUUUCAUCAGGCCCAGGUGGCUCUCCAGGUGUGCGUGCGGCCGGGCUCCUACAAGGUUGGGCCCCAGAGCCUGGGUCUCAGUGAGCCGCUGGAUCCCCGCUUCAGCAACAGUGAGAUCGAGUGGAUCACCAAGGAGAAAGGAGGAACCCUGCUCUACGGACUGCUCAUCCGGGUGGAGUGAGCAGUAGUGUUGUGGGAUGAUGACCCAGGAAUGCGGAUAUUCCGGGGUUCUCCUCAUCUCUCGGAGUGGCGGCGAUGUUCGUCGGGGGCAUUUUAUGCGACGGCCGAUUUUGUAUAGACUAUUUUUUGGGGGUGGGUGGGCAGGAGGGGCAAGGGGGGGGAGGGGGGUUCCGUCAAGAGAGACACUGCCUGCACUCUAUAUUUUGAAGAAGCAGGCGAUUUUUAGACUCGCCAUCAAUCGCAUUCUCUUACUCACUCUCCCUCACGUUCUCAUACGCGUAGGAUUUAGGAUUUCCUCCACAGGCUGCCAUUCAGUCAUUCUUCCAUCGGGCUCUCCCUCUGUCUCGUUCCCUCUCUUUAUGUCCGUUUCCUGUCACUUCCUGUUCCCAGGAGACUCGGUCGCAGGUCUUUGGCAGAGAACGUGCCAGUUUCGUCUCCGCCUGUAAACCGGACGGACACACGCAUCUCCACACACACACCGGUUGCACACCUGCUCGCUCUUGCAACAGAAUUACACUCUGGAAUCUUUUUAAAAUUGGGGGGGGGGGAGACUACUUUUGAAAACAAAUUGACAGAAACUCUCAAGCGAAAUCAGGAAGAUGGACGUGCCUGUAAAGGACUCGGGGGGAGAGAGCAGGAGGGGUUCUGUGGAGGACAAGGGAGGAUCCUGUUGCGUCUCCUCCCCUAUAAGCUAAACCUCCCUGCCUCUCCACUCUCUCCUCACUCAACGUUUCUGGACUUCUUUUUAAUUGGUUUUUAUUUGAAGUUCGUUCUUGAUUGCCAACCCCUGCUUCCUCCACUUGAACUUGCACACCACGCAUCUCUUUCUGCAUCCCGGGACUCAGUUCAGCGCCAGCAGCUCAUCGGUCGCUGACCUUCCUCCUUCUCAGCCUGCACAUUCAGCGGACCCGCCUGCCUUUCAGCUAGGUCCUUAGCCCGCUCCGGCGAUUUCUCGGCUGCGCCCCCCCCCCGCUAAGGAAGGCGUUAGCACUGUGUUAAGACCUGCCGCCCCCUGCUUCUAGCUCUGGGGGAUCGAUAAAAGUGACGCUGGGCAGAAGGGCAGAAGCCAUCAUUCAAUCAGCUCCCCUCUCAGGAAGCAGGAAGGUUUGAUCCCUGAUCCAAAGCGGAAAAGGAGGAGGGUUGCCGAUUUGCUUAGAGAAGUGGGCAGUGAUGGGAAGGGUAUCGCCAAGACCACAGAACAAGGGUCUCAUCAGGAGUCUCGUUUACCUUGCCUGCACUACGGCUGCGGUACUUUUUUUUUAACAGCCUCCAGCGACAGUGCGACAACUGACUCAUAACAGCACAUCCCCAUUCCUGCCUUUCGGGAUCCGAUCUGCAAAUCCGCCUUGCAGUCUUUCUCCAGUGAGGCCGAGACCGCAGGUGGUGUAGAGCGACUGAAAAGCAUUGACCUUUAUAUUGCAGAGCUGCGCUCCUGUACGAGACAAAGAUCUGCUUUUCUCACCUGUGGGGCAGGAUCUUUGGUUUUGUGUUUUGGGGGGGAGUAUUGGCAGAGUCAGCUGCUUCUCAGGACCUCGGGUCCAAACCUCAAGAGAUCCCGUGAAGGUGGCUGUGAAGAUUCGGCAGUGCGUGUGGCACCCAAACUAUAAAGCAUACGUGAAUGAAAUUGCGUAAGCACGCGUGUAAGGUCAGCUGGGGCGUGUUCCUUGUUCCAGCGUUCAACAUUUAUAUCACUUUGUUCUCGAAUAAUUAUAACAUCGGGAUUUUGCUCUCGAGCAGAAGCCUUGUUCACACUUCCGAUUCCCCUGAGAGCUUGGGAGUAAAACCGAACGCUUUCUCUAAAACUGUAAGAAUAGUAUUCACCCUGAUGUUGUGUAUGAGCACAUACUUAGUAUUGGCACAAUAACCAGUUUUAAUUUACAAAGUCAUUCUUAAAAACAUCACGCUGUUAAAAUGUCCAACUCUGGUCCAGGAGGGCUGUAAUGUCUGCGAGUUUUCAUUCUAGCUCAACUCUUAAUGAGUUAAUUGAGCUCAUUAUUGCUUAAUUGGACCAGCUUAUUAGCACUUCCCCACUCUUACAGUGUUGCUGGUCCUUAAACUGACCCGUUAAACCUGUUGAACUGCCAGCCCUCCAGGAGCAGGUCUGGACCGGCUAUAAAAGUAAUAAAUUACAGGUUGUGGUUUCUUCAGAGCUUGUCGGCGUGAUGAUACAGAAAACGACCCUUCCAAGUUCCAAGAGGAGUGAGUCAGGUGUGCUUUUACGGCUUCGGGUGUGGGAGGGAGCUGGCCGGUGGUUCUGCAGGGCUGGAGUGUGGAAUUCACUGCCCUGCUGUUGUGCGCUGAACUGAGCGAUUCGGAGCCGUCCCGUGCAGGGUGCAGGAGCUCAUUGAAACAUGCCUGGAAAACCAAAUGGACUGUCUCCCUCAAGCGGGGAAGAGUUGAGCAUCACGGAGAUGAAUACCAUUCUGUUGAACUGGAUACAGUAAAAGACAUUCUCUUAAGACCACACAUCUAUAAAACCAAAUGGAUUCCCUUCCUGGCCGUGGAAGAGCUGAACAUCACUGAAAUAAGUCUGUAUCCCCUCCACCUGCUAUCCUGCUGAACGUUUACUGUUGGGGGUACUUUGAAAUUAUCUUUUGUAUCACGAUUUUAAUUUUUCCAUUCAGCUCGGGUCAUGGGCAAUGUGGGUUGGCGCUCUUAACUUGGGGGGAAACCAGUGUUUUGAGUUGAAGCUUUCAGACAGAGAACUGGGGAAUGCGUGUUUGAGAAAGUUUACAUUUUCAUUUAAUCAGAAAAUGCCCAAUGUUCCCUUGCCUAUUAAAUGCUACUGACACCAAGUUGAAGUUUUAACGCAACCUGAAGAAGCUUAAAAAAAACGUGUGAAAUAUAGUAAUGCCUGUAUAAGGUAUAAGGCUUACUUAAAUCUGUCUAGAGGGUUUAAUGAAAGUGAUAUUUUUUCAGUGGCAUCUCUUUACUCCUUUAUCUCCCAGUUAUAUUUUUAUCUCUCAAGUCAAGUACUGUACCCUCAUUUUCCCAGGCUCUUCAACAUAGCCCCUAAAGGCUUGUCCUUCAUUCUGUACCACAGGUGCCCACAAUUAAUUCUCCUUUUCCCAGUUACCAGCACACUGUGUAUACUGGUCUCUAUUGACCCUCCCACUCAUUCCUCUGGCUGCUGCUGUGUGGUUGUCCCUCAGAAUCUUCACAAGUUACACGCAGUAUAUCAUCUGCAAGAAAUGGGACAUCUGUUUUGCCGUUGUCAACAAGUCUCUUAAAGUUAAUUUAGCGCUCUAACCUUAAAAGAAUGUUUUCUUGCAAUAGCUUUAGUGUUUAAGGGCAGUGUCUGUCAGUGUAGCUGCAGGACAUUUUCACGACCCUAGCCUUAUCUGCCCUGUGCCCUGGUCUCCACACCUAGUUCCUCAUCCCCUACACAUCAGUCCCCUAGGCCAAACAAAAGAGUUGUGCAGGAACUAAGGGGUUGGUAACAUCAGGGUUAAGGAGCUCAGUUUGGAGAACCAGUGAUCUCAAGGCCUAUGGUGCACUGGGGUAAUGGAGAAUGUUGCAGGAGGCUUCUGGGAAAUGGAGUUUUUAAUCUCAUUUAAGGACAUCAGUACAGGUGUUGAAAACCUGUAAAAUCUGUCCUAUUUCACAGUCCUCUGGGCAAGUUACAUGGACUUCAUACAGAUUUUAAAGCUACAGUAAAACCAAUUGCAGCAGUAAAAUCAUUCUUGCUUUAAAAUCAAUUUGAUUUGUUAACAUCUUGCAGCUUUAGAAGAGAAAUUGCUCUGAAGUUCAGGCACUUACCUCAAGAAUGUGUACAUUUCUUUUCUCUACUCAAGAAUGUCUGCUGACUAAAUUUGGCACUUUUUUUUUUGUUUUAUUGUUUGAAUCGUCCAAUCCCAUAUUUUCACCUGGAUAACAGUCCAUGCCAAAUGUUGUCUGGGAAAUGGCGUCUUUAGUGAAGGGGUUUUUGGGUAAUGAAGUUUGUUCCUUGUUCUGCUUCUUAAUGGAGGCAGUUGGCCAUUGUUAUAAUUUAUUUAAAGAAAGGAAAAUUACUUUUUUUAAAGAAAAGACAUGCUUACAGUGUCAACCUGAAAUGUGAAUAUAUGGGGUCUUUACACCCAGAGCUGCUUUUUUAUUUGUUUGAUUUACUUUCUUUGUAUUUUCUGUUGUACAGACUGUUACAUAUGAACCAUAUCUUCCUGAUUUGUAAAGAACAAAGAAAUUAUGCACAUUGUAUGAAACCA